AUGACUAAUUUAAUUGAUUCUUGUUUAUUAAAAAUUGGCUUUCACAAGGUUUUUUGUGAAAAUUCGAACGAAUUAUUAAAACAAAAUAUUCUUUCUGUUUUGAAUACUAAUUCUUCUCAAAAUAUUUUUAUUGGAUUUUCUGGCGGUUCAAUGCCUCAAUUACUUGCACCUUUAUUAAAUGAACUUUCAAAUGAUUUAAUUUCCAAUCUUUUAUUAUUUCCUGUCGAUGAACGUUUAGUGCCUUUACAAAAUGAAGAAAGCAAUGCCGGCAGUCUUUUACGAGAAUUAUCUACCAAUAAAGAAAGAUUUGAGAAUAAAAUAUUAAAAAUUUCUGAAGAACCUAAUUUAUUAGAAGAUGGACCUAAAAUGGCUUCAGAAUUUGAGAAUAAACUUCGAUUAAUGAAUCCAAAACUUGAUGAUAAUGGAUUUCCUAUUUUUGAUCUUCUACUUCUUGGAUUAGGCCCAGAUGGCCAUACUUGUUCUUUAUUUCCAAAUCAUCAAUUACUUGAAGAAAAAAAUAGAUGGAUUGCUUAUAUAGAUGAUUCGCCUAAACCUCCACCAAAAAGAAUUACUUUAACUUUACCUGUUUUGAAUGCAGCAAAAAAUAUUAUUUUUAUUGCUAAUGGGAAAUCUAAGGCCAAAAUUAUUGCUCAAAUAUUUGAAAAUGAAAAUAAUAAUAAAUUAUUGUUACCACCUAAUUUAAUUAAAAGAAGAGAAGAUCAACAACCAAUUAAAUGGUUUUUGGAUGGAGAUGCUAUUUUGGAUUUAAAAUUGAAUAGAAAAUAA